AUGGCGGUGACGCCUCUUCUUCACCAGCGCAAGCUUUUCUUCAUCAAUCUUGAUUCCAAAUUAUCAUCUUCUCCCACCUCUCCUUUCUUCUCCACCUCUUCUUUUCUUGCUUCCCCAAAGUCCCUUAAUUCCUUCUCUUCUUCUUCUUCUUCUUCUUCUACUCAACUUCUCCAUCAACCAUGUACUCUCCGGCGACGGGUCUCUACUGCUCCGGUAGAGUAUGCGCCGGCGCCGGAGUUCGACUUCCACCUAGAAAUUGCCAGGCUCAAAGCUCUGAGGUCCAACCUCUCCGACUUAACUUCCUUGCCGGACAAAAUUAGAGCCUUGAAUACUGAUUCCAGGGUCAAAUUCUUCUUCAUUUCCAGUGGGAAUCAGUUUAUGAGGCUUUUGGAGACUUUGGGGUUCGAUGAAUAUCAAGUGUAUUUGCUCAAGUGCUUGGUUGCGGCUGGGCAACAGCAUGUGCUUGGGCUCGCCUUUGAGGAGACUUCUUCUUCCGGGAGCUCUUUAAAGAGCGCACUUUAUGCUUUGGCGGAGAUGAUUGAGAAAUGGGACGGCAAUGUGGAAAGCCAUGGAUUGGGAUACGGAGAUGAUGACAUCAGAUCACUGAGAGCAUUGUUGAAGACUCUUGCUGAGGUCGAGCAUUUCUAUGAUUGCAUUGGAGGUAUCAUUGGAUAUCAGAUUACGGUUCUAGAGCUGUUAGCUCAAUCAACUAAUGAAGCACAGGCCACAAGCUGGUCUCAGCAAUCUAAAAAAUCCCAGUGCCAGUUUAUCGAAAUUCAUCCUCCUAAUGUACUUGAUCUUUCUCAAGAUACUGAAUAUGCUUCUGAAGCUGCUUUAUGGGGAAUUGAGGGCUUGCCAGACUUGGGAGAAAUCUAUCCUCUAGGAGGCUCAGCAGACAGGCUUGGCUUGGUGGACUCUGACACUGGUGAAUGUCUUCCUGCUGCCAUGCUACCAUAUUGUGGAAGGACAUUACUGGAAGGUCUAAUAAGAGAUCUUCAGGCUCGGGAAUUUUUGUUUUUCAAGUUGUAUGGAAGACAAUGCAUCACUCCUGUAGCUAUUAUGACUAGCUCUGCAAAGAAAAAUCACGAGCGCAUUGUUUCACUAUGCGAAAGACUUGGAUGGUUUGGAAGAGGGAGAUAUAGCUUCAAGUUAUUUGAACAGCCUCUUGUUCCAGCAAUUAGUGCCGAAGAUGGGCAAUGGAUUGUCUGUAGACAAUUUGCACCAGUUUGCAAGCCUGGAGGUCAUGGCGUAAUCUGGAAACUUGCAUAUGAUAAGGGCGUAUUUCAGUGGUUUCAAGAUCAUGGACGUAAGGGUGCAACUGUUCGACAAGUCAGUAAUGUUGUGGCUGCUACAGAUUUGACAGUCUUGGCCUUGGCAGGAAUUGGUCUUCGGCAAAAGAAGAAACUAGGCUUUGCUUCAUGUAGAAGAGCCAAGGGGGCAACAGAAGGAAUAAAUGUACUCCUCGAGAAAAAGACUCUAGAUGACCAGUGGUCAUAUGGUAUAUCAUGUAUUGAGUACACAGAAUUUGAUAAAUUCGGAAUUGUCGAGGGCCCUCUUUCAUCUAAAAGCUUGGAGGCAGACUUUCCAGCCAACACAAAUAUUCUUUAUGUAGAUUUGCAGUCAGCAGAGAUGGUUGCAUCAAGUGAUAGUGAAGCCAGUUUGCCUGGCAUGGUACUUAAUGUGAAGAAGCCAGUAAAAUACGUUGACCAGUUUGGGAUGACACGCUGUGUCCCUGGCGGCCGUCUGGAAUGUACAAUGCAAAAUAUUGCGGAUAAUUUUUGUAACUCAUUUUCAUCACGAUGUUAUAAAGGUGUAGAAGAAGAGCUAGAUACCUUCAUUGUGUAUAACGAAAGAAGGAAGGUCACAUCUUCAGCUAAGAAGAAAAGGCUACAUGGUGUCAAGUCGUUGCACCAGACUCCUGAUGGAUCUCUACUGGAUAUCUUACGCAAUGCUUAUGAUCUCCUUUCCCACUGUGACAUAAGUAUACCUAAGAUCCUUAGAAAUGAAGAUUAUGUUGAUUCUGGGCCCCCAUUUCUCAUUCUACUUCAUCCUGCCCUGGGCCCACUUUGGGAAGUCACCAGACAGAAGUUCCAUGGAGGUUCGAUCUCAGUGGGUUCUGAGUUACAAAUAGAAGUUGCAGAGUUCUGGUGGAGAGAUGUGCAGCUUGAUGGGAGUCUGAUAAUUUUGGCUGAGAAUGUUAUGGGAUCAACUGUGGUUAAUGGGAGUGGAGAAAAAAUUCUACAAUAUGGGAAAAGGUGUGCAAGAUGUAAGUUGGAAAAUGUCAAAGUACAUAAUAAAGGAAUUGAUUGGGAAUCUGGAGAAAACGUGUACUGGAAGCAUGAUGUAAAUCGGAUUGAGGCUCUGAAGAUUUUACUCCAUGGGAAUGCAGAAUUCGAAGCAGCAGACGUGACCCUACAGGGUAAUCAUCUUUUUGAGGUUCCUGAUGGCUACCGAAUGAAAGUUACAUCUGGGAAUUCAGGUGUAGAAGUCCAAUUAGACAGAAUUGAUGAGAAAAUGAUGGAUUGUGGAAGCUGGUUUUGGAGCUAUAUGAUACAGGGCAAUCACAUUCAGUUAAAAUUGGUGGAAGUAUAG